AUGUUAGUUGUCAAUGGAAACAGAAAUUUAAUUUUUGUUUUCAUUUCAUCUCUCAAUUUCUAUCAACAUUUAAUUGUCUUUUUAAUCAUCUAAUUGAUUCAACUUUAGAUUCACAAUAAUUUUACUUGUAUUUUUAUAGUCCAUCUCUCCGGUUAUUGAGGAAACAAUGAAUGCAGAAAUUGAAGAAACCCUUAAACGUAUUGAAAGUACUCACAAAUCGGUGAUGGGAGUUAUUGUUACCGAUGAUGAAGGGAACAUAAUUAAAUCAACUCUAUCCGAGAACAAGGAAUCAUCAGAAAGUUAUGCCAACAUAAUUUGUGACAUCGUUGAAAAGGCUCGAAUGGCUCUUAAAGACAAAGAGUAUAUGAAUGAUGAACUUACCUUUCUAAAGAUACGAACUAAAAGAAUUGAAUUUAUUGUUGUUCCUGACAAAGAUUACAUAUUGAUCACAUUACUGAAUCCAACUCUCGAAUCAACUGCAUAAUCAUCUUUAAAUCUAAUCCAGUGAUCAAAGGAAACAAACACUUGACUAAAAUUAAAGAUCUUCAAAUCGAGCUAAAUUUCCACCAGUUUGAUCACCACGAGAAGGCUAAUCAACUAUGGAAAAAAGUUAAUACAAAUUUACUAAUUCGCAUCAAUCGAGAGCUUACAAUUUACUCAACACUCUUGAUACAUGAGCCAAAAGCAAAGGAAAAACUAACAGAAUAUAAAGUCGAUCCACAAUAUAAACUAACAAUUAAAUUCUGUUUUUUUUCUUUUAAUCAUUGCAAUCAGAAACUCUGAGAGAAUCAAUAAUCAUGAUUUCCACCAAGAAAUACUGAAAAUCAAUUAAUCAAAACUUUUUACCAAACCAAUUACACUAUAUAAUAACUCACAACAAUCCAAUCAAAUUGUACUAUUAAAAUCAAAAGAAGAAACUAAA